AUGAAAUUAAAUUUUCAUGGUGAAAAUCAGUAUAGAAAUAAAUAUUCUGAAAUUUAUAAAUUGAGAUGUAAACAGAAAAAGUCAACAUUUUAUUUAAAUAUGACCAAAAUUAAUGAAGACACAGAAGAAGACGAAGAUGAAGAAGAACCCAAAGCAUCACCAUCACAGAAGAAAAAAGGAAAAAAGAAGAAGAAAAAGAGCAACAAGAAGAAACAGUAG